GACUUUGACGUGUGUCGUGGUGUUUGUUUUUUUUAGUAUUUUAGUACCUACGAUUUUUUGUUUAUUUUGGUUUGUGCCCUAGGUUUUUUAAGUUUUUUUUUUUAUAAAAAAAGAUUUCCUUAUUUAGUUUACUUUUUAAUGUUAUAAUUGGCGUAAGCAUUGUGUGGGGAUUGUUUUUUUUUUCUCAACAAAAGUAUGUGAGAAAAUACAGCAACAUAAAAGUUUUAUGAAGAUCAGAUUAAAACAAUGAAGGAGGAUAUUAGAAAACAGCUUGGAAAAAAACUAAAUAGAAACAAGUACUACUGUUGUACUUGUGAAAGAAAUAUAAUAGGCACUUCCUAUAAGUUUAAAUGUCAUAUAUACACACAUAACAAACUAAGUGCUCGUUUCACCUGUGAAUUUUGUUUAAAGCAGUUCUACCGAAGUGACACUUACAUCCGCCAUCUUAAAGUGCAUGAAUCGAAAAUGCACCAAGACACAAACGUAAAAUGUGCACAAAAGAUAUACAUUUGUGACGUUUGCAGCAAGAGUUAUAUGAACAAAAGUAACUUCAUCAAACAUUUUAGAGUCCACGACAGUACAUUUAGACCUCCACAUUCCCAAUUUUGUUGCAAAGUUUGCGGCAUAGAAUAUUGCGAAAAUCGCCUUCUAGUACGGCACAUAAGAAAAACGCAUUUCAAUUUUCAAGCCAAGGAAUCGCUGCAUGAAAAAAAACUGCCCAAUGAAACGUGGGUGGAGAAAGUAAUACAGAGUGAUGCUUACGUAGAAAUGACAAAAAUAACAGACAAUGUCAUUGCUAUCAAAAGGUGCAUACAGAUAAAUUCUGAGCACAAAAUAAAAGAAAACGGGAAUAGUAAGACAACAGAUAAUAAAGCAUUGUACCCUGAAGUCAAACAUUAUUCAGAAGUUGUUUGUAAUUAUUGUCAAAAGACAAUGUUGAAAAAGAGUCUUUUGAAUCAUAUUCGAGAGAAACAUCUGAAAGUGAGAAAAUUUAAAUGUGAUACUUGUAAUUAUAAAUUUAAUAGGCGGUAUCAGUGGAUUAAUCAUACAUGUGGACGGUACAAACAAAAACCUAGGAGAGAGCUAUAGCUUUAUUGUAAUUUGCAUGUUGAAUACUUAGUGAUAAAGUAAUAUCUACACAUUUUUUUAUCUAUUUUUGUGCCAAAUGUAGCUUAUUUAUAUAGGAAAAAAUAUACAAUUGUAUGCAUGUACGGCAAAAUCAAAGUCAUUAUUGUAAUCAGGAGUGCAUUCAAAUAAUUUUUACAAACUUAUAACUUAUACAAACAUACUCCAGCCGUCAAAAAAAAUGUAUAGAUGUAUUUCAUUCUUGGACUAUUAGCAUUAUUUUUAAGUUAGUAUGUACGACAAACAAUGACACAGUCUAUCUUUUCGAAAGUUGACGCUGUGGUCCUUUAACACCUAUAUUCAUCGUAUAAUAGCAACAUUAUGUUGCUAUUUUAAAUGAGGCAUAACACUGCUGUGUUCCGUAGAGUGAGUGACAUUAAUCGGAUAAACAUUUUACUGGUAAUGCAUUUCAUCUUAGUCCUCAGUCGUGGUAGCUAAGCGCUCACUGUAAAAUUCACAGUACGGGAGCAACCCGGAUUCGAUCCCGGCGGCACCAAUGCACUUGUUAAUUGCAAUUUUAUGUACUGAUUUAUCACUCGCAUGACGGUAAAGGAAAACGUGAGAUAACAAGUGAAACGUCACCGUCUUCACAAAAUUUGACAUCUGCUGUCAAAAAAUCUUGAAAGAAAAAUAUAUACAUAUUGUAGGUUGUCAUAAUUUGUUGACAAAGAUAACAAAAUAAUAUAUUUACUCAAAAAGUACUUCAAGUGUCAGAUUUUAAAUUGUUAGUACAUGAUAAUAUUCUAUAAUUAUCCAUAAUUCGUAUGAUUAUGUAUAGUAUUAUUUUUGACGGUAUUUUUACUGCAAUUAUGCUUUGAUUUAUUUUAUUAAACCUUAAAGUCAAUGGUUGUGACUAUGUCAUUUACAGUAUGUAUGUAGCUAUGUAAGCUAUGUAGUAGUAAUGUAAGCUUUACGUCUAAUUUUUAGAUGCUAAAGAGGUUUUCUUUUUUUGAUGUUGAUAAAGUGUUAACAAACUGUAAAGAUGCAUGAUGCACAUCUAUAAUACAAAAUUUUAUGUAUUUGUGUGUGAAAUCGUAUAAAUAUUAGACUGAAUAUUAAAAGUGCCUUCCAUUAAAAAAUACCUAUCAUUCAUUUUAAUAUUUAAUGACAUGCAUUUUUUGGAGUUUAUGGAAAUAAAAACAUUGCAAAAAUAUUCUAAUAAUUAUAUUUCUUUGGUCUCUAUUAAAUAUGAGAGUAGAAAUAUGCUGUUUUCACAUGAUCAUACACGUGAGAUAAUAUAUAGAAAAAAAUAUACUAUUUAAGAGUUUAAUUUCUUAGGUUAAAAUCGAUAUUAUUAUAUAAAAUAUUGCAUAUCUUGCGAUAUUAAAUCAUUUACUAUACAUUAGUAUAUUUGUGCCUUUUACAUAUUAAAUAUAGUGUUAUUUUUUUUAUACUGUUGUUAUAUAAAUUAAAUGUACCAUGUUAUAGUAACCUUAAAUGUUAUGAAUAAAAUUACUUAUUGACGGAGUUGUUAAUUUUUUAAUUAUUUUGCGGCCUAAUGAGUUCUUUUAUCUACCGACUUCAAAAAGGAGACGGUACUCAAUUCGACUGUAUGUUUUUCUUUUCUUUUUUUAUGUGUGUUACCUCGUCACUUUUUUCUGCAUGAACCGAUUUCGAUGAUUCUUUUUUAUUUGAAAGCUGGUGAUUCUCAUGUGGUCCCAUAUAAAUUUGAUCAAGGUCUGACUAAUAGUUUUUGAGCUAUUCUUAAUCAUUUAUAUGGAAGUUGGUUGUAAAAAAUUCUAAUUUUGAAUUACUAUUUAAGUAAUACCUACUUAACACCUAUCAAGAAUUAAAUCUGUCUAUUGAUCUCUCUGUAGCCAACAUGGACGUAUAAAUAAGGAUAUUUUACCUUAUUUAUACGUCCAUGGUAGCCAAGAGCAUUAUUUCGAUUUCGUGCGGGGUUUACAUCACAUAUUCCGUAAAGCUUAAAGACACGGACGCUGGAAGGAUUAUUAUAAUGAAGGUACAUCUGUAUCUAUAUUAAACAAUAAUUAGUGCGGUUACCAGUGAUAACGUAGGGAUGAGACGUGGGCCUUCCCUGCUGGUGGUAUGAAUAAGCUCAAGGUCGCAUAGCAAGUUAUGGGAGGGAUAUGCUCGGAGUUUCGCCGUGUAUUCGAAAUGAUCCGUGUGUCCAUGAAUCCGAAAUGAGCAUAUAAUAAUAAUAAUAAUAAUAUUUAUUGUUUCUCACAUAACUCAUACAUACAUAAAUCAUAUUGAAACUCUGUAGCCCGUGGUAGUUGAAAACUGUGUUACAGGCUACAGCGUCUUCCCCGUUUUCAGAGACACAUUUUUGUAAUGUGGCAAACCAGCAAACAAUAUAAAUCUUAUAUAAAAUUU